AUGUUUUUUAAUAUAAUAGCUAAUGACUGUCAUCUGUCAAUUUCAAAUUUUUAAUUAGUUAAACAGGAAGAUUACUUUUCCCAAAAAUCUAAAUACAUAGUACAUAAACAAACUAAUGCCAAAAGUUGUUUAGGUUCCAUUUUCUUUUAUGUUAUUACAAUUCGUACAUUUCCCAAUCAAAAUUAAUUCAAAAUAAAGCGAAGAAAGAACAAUGACAAUUGUUGAGUGGGCUGCCAGAUUAAAUUUGUGCAUUCUAUAUAAUUUAGCUGCAGCUAUAUUUAGGUGUCUAAAAACGAUAUGUAAACGACAUAAACGUAUUUGUUAAACAACUCUGGUAAAAAGAGAAAAUGUUAUGCAGUUAAUUAAUUAGUUCGGCAAAUAAGAUAAAAUCUACAACUUAAGGUGUCAGUCAAAGAUAAAAAAUGAGAAAAAAUCAAUAAACUUAUAAUUUAAAAGGUUUUUUUUUAAACGAAUUUGAUGUGGGCUUCCAUAGUAACACAAAUUGAACAGAAAUUGUUUUCCCAAAAUUGGUUAUAAAUAAAUCUCUUUUCUAGUCACUGUAGUUCCAUCAUAAAUCACACAUUUCAUAUCUAAAUUCGCAAUCCCCUGCUGAAUGCGCCCAUUCGAUUGAGCCACGAAUUCUGGCUGACUGACAAACAAACAAGGCCUAUGUACGUUUCAAGUCGAACAACAUCGCACAGACAUUCGAAAUGGCACACACACAUCGCACAAGCGUACAUAUAAAUCACAGGUAUGACGACUGAGUUACCUGGAGAACCUGCUGAAUUAUUGAGCAGUGUUUUUGGCGAACAGCACUGACAAUGAAAUUGUAAAUGGUCAUGGAAAUGUCGCAAUAACCGGCGUCUAAUUGGCUCCAAGAGUUGUACGUUUCGCUUAUCGGGUCUGCUUUGUUUGCACUUUUUUACCGGCGAUAAUAAAUACUCGCACCCACCCACCCACAAGAACCCAAGAAAUGGGGUGCUCCUUGGUCGGCUUCUCUGAAAUCCAGGUGUGUGUUUGCAUACGACUUUUGCCAACGAUUCGGGGGGAAAAUUAAACACCAACCGCCAGCUGACACCUUCUGUUUUUUGUGCUGCUUUAUCGGCUGGUCUUAUUUAUAUUCACAUUUCUGAAGUGGUUACAUUUUGUUUAUUCUGAAGGAAGUCAGGCGCUUAAAAAUCCCCAGAUAUCUCGUUCCGUUUGACAGCUCAAGUUAUUAUUAACAUUAGCCAGAUUUGUAAUUGUGUAAGACCAAAAAAGGAGACCUGUUUGGCUUCCCUAAGAUCGGAUAAAAUUAAUAUAAAAAGGAAGUAUCUGAAAUAUUAUUAGAUUAAACACAAGACUAAACAAUCUUUUCUUAGAUGAUCACAAUAGUUUAUUUGAUUUUUUUCCCCUUUUACCAUAUGUUUUCUAUAAAAAGUCUCUUAACAUGGCACAAACAGCCCUGCUUGAUCAAAAAAAAAGUUUGUUUUUAUAUUCUGUUUAUUUGCUCAAUAAGUUUUGUUGGCUCUACCCAUUUCUCAGCCCUAGCAAAUAUUAGAUCACCUUUGAACUUUCUAUGUUAAAUGACUAUAAAGCACUUUAUUCAAAAUUAGAAAGUUAAAAUUACAGCCACAUGUUCUUAAUUCAUUUAUACUUGCUUGAUUUUUGUAGGCAAUAAUUUUCAGAAACCUGUUUGAUUGUACAUAUUGUAUGGGAAAUAUGUAUACUUAUGGGAUAAGAAGGAAUUUGAUUAAUAUAAUUCUGUUUAUAUUGAUUCGGGGCUUAGGAUUAGGAAAAUAAAAAAUUCUAUUGCGAAAAAAAAAUGAUAGGUACUAGAAAAAUGGAAACGUAGUCACUGUUGAUUACAUUGCCCGUUUUGGGGGCUAAAAACAAUACCACUCCUAGUCGGAAUGUACCAUUCCGCCUUACUGGCGAUGAAGUACUUACUCCUGCUGCUGAUCACCAUGUCCACUGCUGAAUUCCAAGAACAGGAGCAGAAUCUUGAACGGAAUCUUUACAUAACAGGGGACUACCAUCAGAAUGUGGUUUCCAUACGGACGCGCAAACACAUUCGCAAUUGGGGUGACAACCACUUUUGCGCCGGCUCCAUUCUGUCCGCCAGGUGGGUGGUUACCGCUGGCUGUUGUGUAAGCACCCAGCCGGUGAACACGCCAAAAAAGGCUAGUACCCGCAAGAACAUGAAGGUUGUUGUCUUCACCCACCAGCGAUUGAAAAAGCCAUUGGAAGAAAAUGUUUUCGAUGUGGAAAAGGUCGUGUUGGACAAGGCAUCAGAGGGCGGAUGCUCCAAGUUGGCUAUGCUGAAGCUGGAGAAGGACGUUACGGGUCAGAGGUUCGCCAUGAAGCUGCCGAAACAAGAGAUGAAUAGCACUUGGCUUUGCAGGACACUCGGCUGGGGCAGGAUGUACUUUAACGGACCCUAUUCCGAUGAGCUUCUCCAGCUGAGGACGCAGAAGAGUACGACCUACAAAUGCAAGUCGGACUGCAAUAGCUGCCUCUGCAUGGGCAGUUUUACGGGGAGAGGCAAUAUGUGCCAAAUGGACAUGGGCAGUCCGCUAUUCUGUGGCCACACUAUAUACGGAGUGGCGCGAAGGGUCUUCGUUUGCGAGGAUGAAGGCUUUUUGGUGUACACCAGUAUCUAUCAUGAACGCAAGUUCAUCGAGGAAACCCUGAGUGCGGCACCCUCGCAGAGAAAGUCCAGACAAACUAUGAUCUUCAUUGUAACCCUGCUGUUGACCUGGUCUUGAAUGGCCUUAUAUAUGUAUAUACAAUCAAUCCAAGUUUAAGCAAUGACUCAUUAUUUACCAAGCCGAAUACUUUCUGAUUUUGGGUAAACCCAGUAAAAAUAGAGUAGUCUCAAGUAUAUACAAAAUAAUGUCAAUAAGCUAAGUUACCACCCACACAUAUGUUUCUCCCAGAGGAUAUUGACCUGCAAUAUGGUUUUAAAAGAUGUGAAGCAUUGUGUAGACAAUCGUCUGGGUUUCUUUGGUAGUUCAAUAGGUUUUCGGUCUUGUUGAUUGGAUCUUGAAUCACUAGUUUAAGUUCAGGGCCUUCGCUAUGCCAGUUUGUGUCGUAUGUGCGUGUGUUUAAUCACUCGAUUUGUCUUCCCCAUUCAUCAGUCGAUGAUCAUCGAUCGAUUGCCAAAAGCAGCAGCAGACUUCGCACCCCUCGCCCUGCCCAACCCCCCUUUUUCACACCCCCUUUCCACCACUCCUGUUACUGUUUGUUUUCCUGUAGUUUUGGUCUCGCCUCUUUCGAUUCUUCACCUGUCUGGUAGCUAGUUCUCUUUCCGUUUCUAUUUCUCACCCACUCUCCCUUUAAACGCUUUCAUUCAAAUGGCUGUUUUGUACAGUGCAACUUCACUAACACGAACUUUUGGUAGUUGUAUUUGAUUACUAAAUUGUAUAUAAAGGUUGAACUAUAGGAUAUAACUAAGGAUAACUUCUUAUUUCUUCUAAUACUAUCAUUUGUAAAUCAUAUUGUUGUU